CCCCCUUCCACACGCGCAGAGCAGGGAGCGCUGCCACGCCCCCACCACCAGACGCCGCGGCCAGCGCACAGCGACGACCAUGGCUGUGGCUAUGGCCUCGGCAUUGCUCAUGCUCGCGCUGGCAACGGCGUCGGCAGCGGUCAGCGGCGCCGGCGCGCCCUGGAGGAGCAGGAGGCCGAGGCCGGAGGCCGACCUGGUGACCGGGCUGCCCGGGCAGCCGGCGGUCGGGUUCAGCCACUACGCCGGCUACGUCGACGUCACCUCGGGCGGCGGCGGCGGCAAGGCUCUCUUCUACUGGUUCUUCGAGGCGGAGCGGGAGCCGGACAAGAAGCCGCUCCUGCUCUGGCUCAACGGAGGGCCCGGGUGCUCGUCGGUGGCCUACGGAGCCGCCCAGGAGCUGGGCCCGUUCCUGGUGAGGAGCUACGGCGCGAACCUCACGCGCAACGCCUACGCAUGGAACAAAGCCGCGAACCUGCUGUUCCUGGAAGCGCCGGUGGGCGUGGGGUUCUCGUACGCGAACCGGACGUCGGACCUGCGGCGGCUGGGCGACCGCGUCACGGCGCAGGACUCGUACGCCUUCCUCCUCGGCUGGCUGGACAGGUUCCCCGAGUUCAAGGGCCGCGACUUGUACAUCGCCGGAGAGAGCUACGCCGGGCACUACGUCCCACAGCUCGCGGAGCUCAUCUACGAAGGGAACAAAGGGGCGAGCAGGGACAGAGCCAUCAGCAUCAAAGGUUUCAUGAUCGGGAACGCGGUGCUGAACGACGCGACGGACCAGCUGGGCAUGGUGGAGUACGCGUGGAGCCACGCCAUCAUCUCGGACGAGCUCUACUCGGCGGUGCGGCGGGACUGCGACUCCUUCAAGGAGGAGGCCGACGGCGGGCGGCCCGGCAAGGGCUGCUCCCCGGCGCUCCGCGCGUUCCUGGGCGCCUACGACGACAUCGACAUCUACAGCAUCUACACGCCGACGUGCCUGCUGAGCAACCUCUCCUCCGCUAGCGCCGCGGCCGGCAGCGCUAGGCCGCGGCCGGCGAGGCUCGUCGCGGCGCCGCGCCUCCUCUCCAAGCAUGAGGAGUGGCAUAGGCUGAUGAAGCGUGUGCCGGCAGGAUACGACCCGUGCACGGAGGCGUACGUGACCAAGUACUUCAACCGCGGGGACGUGCAGCGCGCGCUGCACGCCAACCGGACAGGCCUGCCCUACCCGUACUCGCCCUGCAGCGAGGUCAUAAGGAAAUGGAACGACUCGCCGGCUACCGUGCUGCCCAUCCUCAAGAAGCUCAUGGGCGCCGGGCUGCGCGUCUGGGUCUACAGCGGCGACACGGACGGGCGGGUGCCGGUGACGUCGACGCGGUACAGCAUCAACACGAUGGGGCUGCGGCCGCGGCCGCGGCAGAGGGCGGCGAGCCGGUCGGCCGCUUCGGCAGGCGGAGCGGCGGCGGAGUGGGGCGGGUGGCGGGCGUGGUACUACCGGCAGCAGGUGGCCGGGUGGGCGGUGGAGUACGAGGAAGGGCUGACGCUCGUCACGGUGCGCGGCGCGGGCCACCAGGUGCCGCUCUUCGCGCCGGACCGCUCGCUCGCCAUGCUCUACCAUUUCCUCCGGGGCCAGGCCCUGCCGGCCGCGCGCUCCUCCGGCUAGCUCACCGUCACCGGUCACAUAGGUGGUUAACCUGACCCUCGCUGCUCAAGCGGUAGAUC